UUAAAACAACAUGUAGACUAUUUUAUCCCAAACACCCACCCCUAAAUACAACAACCACCCAAACAAACAAGGGUAUUCCAUCUUGUUCCCUUAAAAAUUGAACCUAACCCUAGACAGAAUCUUCCAAAAAUCGAUUUCAUAAACCCUUAAAUCAACAAAACCAAUUAGAAUUUCAAACAUCAAUGGACGCGCAAAGAGCAUUGCUAGAUGAACUCAUGGGUUCAGCUCGAAAUUUGACGGAAGAAGAGAGGAGGGGACACAGAGAAAUCACUUGGGAUGAUAAGGAAGUGUGUGGUUUCUACAUGGUGAAGUUUUGCCCUCAUGAUUUGUUUGUCAACACUCGAAGUGAUCUCGGUCCGUGCCCUAAAAUCCAUGAUCCGAAGUUGAAAGAAAGCUUCGAGAGCUCUCCAAGGCAUGAUUCCUAUGUGCCAAGAUUUGAAGCAGAUUUAGCUAAUUUCUGUGAAAGACUGGUCAUGGAUUUGGACAGGCGAGUUAGGCGGGGACGUGAGCGUCUCGCCCAAGAGGUUGAAGUGUCUCCACCACCACCUGUACCCGUUGAAAAAUCUGAACAAUUAUCUGUUCUAGAAGAAAAAAUCAAGAACCUUCUAGAAUCAGUGGAGGCUCUUGGAGAAGCCGGAAAGGUGGAUGAAGCUGAGGCACUCAUGAGGAAGGUGGAUUUGCUGAACAUCGAGAAGACUGCAUUGACCCUGCAGCCACCAAACGGGAAAGUUUCAAUGCUUGCGCAAGAAAAGAAGAUGGCUCUUUGUGAAACAUGUGGUUCUUUUUUGAUAGCGAAUGAUGCCCUUGAAAGAACUCAGUCUCAUGUCACUGGAAAACAACAUAUCGGUUAUGGCAUGGUCCGAGAUUUCCUCUCCGAGUACAAGGAGGCGAAAGAGAAGGCAAGGGAAGAGGAAAGGUUAGCACGUGAGAAAGAAGCGGAAGAAAGAAGGAAGCAAAGAGAAACCGAAACUGAAGGCAGACAUAGAAACAGAAGCGGAUCUGCUGACCUGGACAAGAACAGUGACAGGCGGGAUCGGGAUCGUGAGAGGUCUAGAGACCGUAACAAUAGAGGCUACCGCGAUACAGGAAGAGCAUCAGAUCGUAGGUACAAUAACAAUAAUCAUACUAAUUAUAGAAAUGGAGGUGUGAUGAACAGGGAUCGGGAUCGAUAUCGUGGAGGUAACCGUAACCGUAGCAGAUCGCGUUCACCUGUCAGGCAUGGGAGAAAGAGGUCAUCCAGAAGUCCGUAUUAGUCGAUUUCUGUAGAUAAAUUUCAAUGGAUUUGAAGUCGAGGAGGUAGACGUCUUUUUAUUAUAACUCGUUAAUGUUCUAUGAAUGCGUGUUUUGGAGUCCCGAAAGUUAUGAGUGAACCGUCCUUUUUGUUCUCACAGCUUUGUUGAAACUAUGUCGUCAAUUCAAUUCGUAUAACUAAAGGAGAAAAGAGUCUGAGGUAGGUAUUAUUAUUACUUAAUAGUUGCUGCAUAUCUUUCGUUAUCUGUUUGAAGAUUCGGUUGAACUAUUAUUCUAAAGAGUCUCGAGUUUAUAUUUAGAACACAGAUAUGGUUAAUACAAAUUAGUGUUUCUGCUGCUGAAAGAAACCAUGGUUUUCCUCGGUAACACGUAAACCUUGAAUCCUUGUUGGUUGAGGUAACCAUAUCUCUGCAUACCUUUUUUUGGUUUUGUUUUUUUUUUUCUACUUUGUAGCGUUUUUUGCUCCACUUUUUUAAUGCAUUUAUGGAGGUUUAUAAAUGAUGGUACACAUAAUAAUCUUGUUUCGAGGUCUACUUUGCCAAGACGGUGUCCAACGGGUCAUUAUACGACAAAUAUUGACAAACUUGAUAAUGAAUAAAAGAAUUGGAAUCAGGUAUUACCUAAAUGUGCUGCAGGUUUCAUAUUGUGCAAGGAUAAGUAGCCUCUGAAGUUGAUAUUUUGUGUUGAUUUAUGUACCAAAAAGUGUCGAAAUUGACUUGCUAUUCUUGAAGAACUAAAGAGGUAAUAGAAAGCUAAAUUGGUAACAUGCUGAUGUAUCAGCAUUUUAUGUUGUGCAGGGUUGGUUAUUUUGACAUAGCAAUGCUAUCGGGAAGUUUCAUUUGUAGAUGUUCAAGAAACUGUUAUGAAACUACAAACCCUUUAGUUUCCAUUGAUUUGAUCUUGUAUUGUUAAGCACCCUAACUGGCUUUAUUAGGAAACGUAUAAUUUUUUCAUAUCA